GCUUAUUUACUGAUAGUCAUUGGAUCUUCCUUGAAAGUCAGACCUGUUGCUUUGAUACCUAGUAUGUAUGCAAUUAAAAUGCCAUUUUUACCGCUCAACAAGUUAGUUAUAUUUUAGUAAAUUGUGAGUUAGUACACUGCUUGUUUAAUGCCAUGUAUUUUCUACAUGUCACGUGGCAUUUUAUUAACCUUACAUUACUAGGGUCUAAUUAAACCAUAUUAAAAAAUGAAAAUCUCAAGAAUGGCAGAUCUAGUACCCCCUGACCAGUCCAUUUUGUUUUGUUUACUGAUGGUUUUAUUGAAUAACUUUUAAAACCAGUGAAAUAGGGCUGUCGCUAUGAUUUCAAGUUGCAGGGAAUACCGUAAAAUUCCGAAAAUAAGCCCCUCCAUGUAUAAGCCCCCCAAACUUGUAACGCAAAAAAACCCUCUAUUAAAUCGCCCCUCCAAAUAUAAGCCCCCCGGGAGGCUUGUACCGGAAAUUUCCCUCAAAUACAAAGUAAAACAAAGCAAAAACGGUAAAUUUACUUCCAACUAUAAGGCUAGCCCAAUCGACAUUGAAACGCAAAUUUCCCUCCGUAGAUAAGCCCCUCCGAAUAUAAGCCCCUCCAAAAAUAAGCCCCUCAAAAGGGGCCUUUGAAAAUAGAAGCCCAGGGGCUUAUUUUCGGAAUUUUACGGUUUGCAAUAAUAUUAUUAGGCGGGGCAUUGAACAGUAGGAAGUUCUUUGGGUCUCAUUUCCCGUUUGUUUUCUAUGAAUUAAAAGUAGCUGGUGCACAUAUUGAAUGCAACACAGCAGACUGACCUUCAGCGCCUGGUAAUAGUCCAGUUUCGAAUUAAAAAUUACCGCUGAAUAUAAACAUUAAGGACACAUUCAUACAGGGUUAGGCUCUGAAAGUAAAAUAUUCAGAAAUUCCGGCAAGUAAGUGUUUGAAAUUUGAAUAUACACAAUAGGCAGACUAAUAAACAGGUCUUUUUCUCGUUGGAAUUUGUGAAUAUAUUACUUCAGAUUGAGGUUAAGGCUGUAAAAAAUGCGUCUUCACUUCUUUAAUUCAGCAGUCAUAGUUCCCCCGUGCCUCUGUUUCAAAACGACGGUAGGUGCUCAGCCUUUGAUAUGGAUAUCAUCUUUCAUUCUCAUGCAAAUAAAACUCAUUUUCACAAGAAAGGUUGUGCACCUAGCCUCAUUUUGAAAGGGAGGGUUUUUGGAACUCGAAAGUGGCCUAUUGCCUGGACCUUCAAGAAUUGCGCCCCAAUGCCCUCAUUAGUAACAACAUCACUUUGCCUACUGUUAAGACUACCCUGGCAUAUAUUAAAAGGAACCAUUUUUUGGUUCACCACAGGUCACCUACCUCCAGAAGUGCCUCAGAUUCUUAUCAACAGGGAACCUCUCAGGCAUAUGACAUUUGAUGUUGAGUUGCUAGGUGACUGUGACGUCAUCAUUACUGAGUUGUGCCAAAGGCUGGGUGGAGCAUGGAAUAAUCUACUGGAAGGAGUUGAAAUUCCUGACUUGGAAAGAAGGCCUUUGUCGCGUAAUGAAGAAAACACGACGGGAGAGAUGCAUCAAGGGGUUAAUUUUGAAGAAAUACAACGCAGUGAACAGGUACAUGCUGAGUACGACCGAACUUACGUACGCUGUUUGAACGUUCCAGCAUCUUGAAUUUGAGAUCUACAGUGUACAGCAAAUGCGUAAAAAUCUUGUAAUACUGACUGUGAGGUCAUAAUGCACCCUUUUUCUUUUAAGAUGACUGUAGGUGAAACGAACAACGAGAAGAGUCCAUCAAGCAACGUGAAGCAGGGGAGUGAAGAUGUCACACCAAACACCACGGACAAUCACGUGACUGUGGGUGAGAGCAGUGGGUAUGAAGAGACUAGGGACGACUCGUUCCGGGACCAGCCGAGAGCCUCGGCCAGUAAUCACGGAAAUGAAUGUUCCUUCGACAACAGCACACUGCAUGAAGAAGGUAUGAUCGAGCUGCUGACAUGUUGGUAAAUUUGCAAAGUUAGUAGUGUCACAUCCGAUAAAAAAUUCUUUCGCAAUGAAGAGUAAUUUGAAUUACUAUGACUCGUGAUGAGAUAAAAUCUCCAAUUUUCACUCAACCUGUCAGAAGUAAAACAGAGAUAAUUAUUAUACGCGUGUAUGACUUUUUCUGCGUUUUUCCGGUUACGUUCGUUUCAUCUUUAUUGUAGUCUUAAUUCUUGCCUUUCAGGGUCAGAAAUUAAAAUAAUUGUCAUCAUCGUCGAUAUAAAAUUCUUGCAGACUAUCUGCAUUAGAUCUACCGCAAUGGAUCUUUUUCAAGGGAAGCUCAUAUACUCGUCAAUAAAGUGAAAUAAGAGAAGAGCAGUUUUCCAGAGUAACAUAUUAAUUGUGGUUAUAGACCUAAUUGGUAGAUGUUUUACCGCUAACAGAAAAUUCUUUCAUUGUAAAGAAGGAAAAAAACUGUGGAAACAGACACCGAAUUCUUAACGAGGAACUUACUUUUUUACUUUUUCUGUGGAUUCCAGAUUCACCUCGACAUUUUUUACGGAGCGGAAGUUAUGGAUUCUCCCCUCCCCUCCCCCUCACGACACAUACCAGGCUACCUGGACAGCACCAGCGAGGAGAGCGAUAGUGACAGUGUGGGUGAGAUAGACGACAGUGAAGCUUCCCGUGUCCAGCUUGAUGAUAUUACAGGAGAUCAGGCGGGGCGAGACUGUAGUAACCCAGAGGGGUGUAAAGCAUCGACCAAUCAAGUUGCAACAAACGGUAGUGAAAAUGAAAGUAACAGCGAUGAUGGCUUUGGUGAAGGCGAGGCAGAUGUUGAAAAAGGACUGGAGCCCAUUAUCAAUAACGAGGAGACUCGGCAGGCGUUGUCUCUCAUUCUUGGUGAGCUGAGCAGUUAUACGUGUGAAAGUGAAGAAAAUAAUGGAGCUGGAUGGAUAGAGCGUUAG